GGCGGGCGGGCGGGCGGAGCCUGGAGGCUGGGCCUGCGGGCGGCGGCGGCACUGGACCUGGGGCUGCUGGAGGCGCCAUGGAAGCAGACGCGGGGCCGGUCCUGACGCCGGAGUCGGCGCCAAACUCGCAGCGGGGUCCGGACCUGGAGGAGGACGCGCGGGCCCGGGCCGAGUUCGCGGCGCUGCACGGCCCGGCGCUGCGCGCGUCGGGGGUCCCCGAGCGGUACUGGGGCCGCCUCCUGCACAAGCUGGAGCACGAGGUCUUCGACGCAGGGGAGAUGUUUGGGAUAAUGCAAGUGGAAGAAGUGGAGGAUGAGGAGGCUGAGGAUGAGGCGGCCCGGGAAGCACGCAAGAAGCAGCCCAACCCGGGCGUCGAGCUCUGCUACAAGGUCAUCGUGACCAACGAGAACGGGCUCCAGGCGGCCGACCCCAACAGCAUCUUCCUCGUUGACCAUGCCUGGACGUGCCGUGUGGAGCAUGCCCGCCGACAGCUGCAGCAGGUGCCUGGGCUGCUGCACCGCAUGGCCAACCUGAUGGGCGUCGAGUUCCACGGCGAGCUGCCCACUGCCGAGGCCGUGGACCAGGUGCUGGAGGAGAUGUGGAAGUUCAACCAGACCUACCAGCUGUCUCACGGGACGGCCGAGGAGAAGGUGCCUGUGUGGUACAUCAUGGAUGAGUUCGGCUCGCGCAUCCAGCACUCAGACGCGCCCAGCUUUGCCACCGCGCCCUUUUUCUACAUGCCGCAGCAGGUGGCCUACACGCUGCUGUGGCCCCUGCGGGACCUGGACACGGGCGAGGAGGUGACCCGGGACUUCGCUUACGGAGAGGCAGACCCUCUGAUCCGGAGGUGCAUGCUGCUGCCCUGGGCCCCCGCCGACAUGCUGGACCUCAGUUCCUGUACGCCCGAGCCGCCCGCCGAGCACUACCAGGCCAUUUUGGAGGAAAACAGAGAGAAGCUGCCACUUGCCAUUGAUGCGGUGGCGUUUCCCCGCGACCACGUCUUCAAGGUCUACACGGACAUGCAGCAGGUGCUCAGCCACCUCACCCACCCACGCUUCACCUUCACCCAGAGCGAGGCGGAUGCCGACGUCCUCUACAACUUCUCUCACUUCAAGGACUACAGGAGGCUCAGCCAGGAGAGGCCCCACGUGCUGCUGAACCAGUUCCCCUGUGAGAACCUGCUGACGGUCAAGGACUGCCUGGCCUCCAUCGCGCGCCGGGCAGGGGGCCCCGAGGGCCCGGCCUGGCUGCCCCGCACCUUCAACCUGCGCACGGAGCUGCCCCAAUUUGUCAGCUACUUCCAACAGCGGGAAAGGCGGGGUGAGGACAACCACUGGAUCUGUAAGCCCUGGAACCUGGCCCGCAGCCUAGACACCCACAUCACUAAGAGCCUCCACAGCGUCAUCCGGCACCGGGAGAGCACCCCCAAGGUUGUGUCCAAGUACAUUGAAAGUCCUGUCUUGUUCCUUCGAGAAGACGUGGGGAGGGUCAAGUUCGACAUUCGCUAUAUUGUGCUUCUGCGGUCGGUGAGGCCCCUGCGGUUGUUCGUAUACGACGUGUUCUGGCUGCGGUUCUCCAACCGGCCCUUCUCGCUCAAUGACCUGGACGACUAUGAGAAACAUUUCACUGUCAUGAACUACGACCCAGGAGUGGUGCUGAAGCAGGUGCACUGUGACGAGUUCAUCCCUGAGUUUGAGAAGCAGUAUCCGGAAUUUCCCUGGAAGAGCGUCCAGGCUGAAAUCUUCCGGGCCUUCACUGAGCUGUUCCAAGUGGCAUGUGCCAAGCCGCCGCCUCUGGGCCUCUGCGACUACCCCUCGUCCCGGGCUGUGUAUGCCAUCGACCUCAUGCUGAAGUGGGACAGCCGUCCAGAUGGGAAACGAGUGAUGCAGCCACAGAUCCUGGAGGUGAACUUCAACCCAGACUGUGAGCGAGCCUGCAGGUACCACCCCACCUUCUUCAAUGACGUCUUCAGCACCCUGUACCUGGACGAGCCCAGCAACUGCCACGUCACCCGCCUCGUCUAGGCGCCCGCUGGCCCCUCUGCUUGUGUUUGCCAUGGCAGAUUCCGGCCUCAGGUCUCUGAGCUGCUUCUGCAAAGCCCCCCCCCCCUCCUUUGUCCCUCUGGGCACAGGCAGGCCAUGUCCCAGUGUCCCACCCCUGAGUCUCAGGGUCCUCCUGCAUACGUCAGGAGCAGCGUUCGUCAGUGUCCCCAGGGCUGAGUGCCAGGCUGCUGUCCACACCCCUCUCCACUGUCUGCUGUGAUUAGCCUCAGCUCAGCCCAGGGCUUUAUCACUGAGAGUCUGCUUCCUGGGCUGCCGUGUUUCCUGGGGUGUUGGCGAAAGAGGGGUCCUGGGUAGCAUUACGAGGUGUCCUCAGAAACAAGUUUCCCCAGGAAUGCCUUUGGGAGCCCAAAUGUUAACAGGGCCAGGCCGGCUCUUCUCCAGAGAGUCUGCUCGUGCCCUGUGGCUCCUGAGAGCAAGGCCAGGGUCCCAUACCCCUCCCCUGAGGCCCUGCGUGACGGGCAUCCCCAGAACGCCCUGGGGACCUGCUUGCCAGACCAGCCUUCUCACCCCCCCAACCCCGGCCUACCAGAACCUUCACCAGCACACCUCCACCUGGUAUGCCAUCGCCUUUCCAUUGAUCAAGGGCCGGCCCAUCCGCCUGGUCCCCGUGGAUCCAGUGGCUUGCCUGGCACUGCACUGGCUCCCCCCUCGGGUUUGGGUUUGCAGACGGACUUGGGGCAAGGGGACCAGCGUGGGCAGCGGAGCACCAGGCAGUGGACUGCUUCAAAAGACAAUUCCACCAAGAACUUCACGUUAGAUGCCAUGUUCCACCAGUCUAGAGUCAAAAUGUUGGAUUUUUGUUACUCUUUCAUUUAUGAGAGGAAAAUAUAAAGUUCUCAUUCUUAAUGUUGUUUCUGAAAUUUGGAGGCAGAUGCCAGCAUAUUGUGUAGCCACAGUGUGCCCAGUCCCAGCUAAUGGGAAGGUGAGCAGAUUCCUCCAGGGGGGAAUGGGGAGAGCUGCCUACGGAGCCGCUGUGUGUGUGGAGGGUGAGGGUGCUUGUUUCAUUCUGAAGCCAGGAACAAUCCUUGUAGCGAAACUGGACCCAGUGGUGCCUCCCAUCUCUGUGUGGGUGUCUGUCCUCCCUCUGUUAACCAGAACCUCAGCCCUUCCCUCCAGCCAGUAGCAGGUGGGAAACCUCGUCUCUGGUUCUCCCUGGGAAUGCUGCCGGCGUCCUGACCCCUACCUGAUGGGGUUUGUACCGCAAUAAAGUAUGCCUUCUGUG